UGCCCAAGAAUCCAGUCCACAGAAGACCUCCCCGUUGCUGUGAGUUAUCACCCCUCCUCAACCCCAGGCUUUUCUAAGCCCUUCCAGCAUGGCUUUAGAAGUCUCACCAUUGCUUUGGCGUCAGCAUUCCCCACCAACCUGCCGUCCACUCCUGCCUUCCCAGGUUUCUGUAAUGAGGUCCAGACCACUGAACUGCCCACCAGCAGCCUCAACAGCCUGGAAAACUUGGCACCCCCUCUUCGGCUUGGAGUCUCCCCAGCCCAGAACACUCACCUGCUAAGCUCCCUGGGGGGAGGAGGACGAGGGGGAGGGGGAGGGGGAGGACCUAGUCCUGAGGCUUACCUGGCGGGAAACCAGCAAGCCUGGCUUGCCCUGAGGCUGCACCAACACCCGCGUUGGCACCUGCCUUUUUUUUCUUGCCUGAGGACAAGUCCUGAACCCUAAGUUGACUAGGAUCAGGAGUUCCAGAUCAUACCCCAGACAAGGAACUGUAUGUUAGAGAGGCUUAAACCUGGGCGCUUGAUAAAACACUUCAUAAACUAGAGUCCGGAAUUGAACCCCAGAUCAUCCUAGGUUCUGCAGUCCAGAGUAAUAGGCAAACUACAGCCUGAAAUCUGGAAGUCGGAAACAAUGGCGACAUCUUGGAGCUAAAACUAGAAGGGGUCUACAGGGUUAGAGCUCAGGAGACAGAAGCAAACUUUGCUUUCUCUCGAAUCCCAGGAGCAAAGCGAAAGCUGAGUCGUGAGGAAACAGACGAAGCAGACAUUUCCACACGUGGAGGGAGGGCAGUCUUACCCCUCCCCGUCUCUGUUUCUAGUCGUUAGGCUGGAGGACCUGGACAGUUACGCCUUGGCUGUGGCUCCAGGGGCAGGGCUUGCCUUCUGCUGUCCCCGCCCGCAGGGACAUCCUCUCCGCGGAAGGAGCCGGGAUGUGGUUGGUGCUGGCCUAGAUCUCCCAGGCAGGACCCUGAGGGAGAGGGCUGAAGGACGGUUUCGUGCGCAGGGGAUUUUGCACAUUCACUGCUUAUGCUGUGUGGCACAGAGCACUGCUAAUGGCUGAAGUGUUCGCGGACCGCCCCGGAGGUCAGCCCGGCGAAGUACCGCGGAGCCGCCGGAAGCGGUCCGUUCCAAUGAAACGAUCCCCAGUGCUACUCCUUCCGGGGCCGAGGGAACCAUGGCGGCGGCUUUGGCUCGGCUCGGACUACGGCCGGUCAAGCUGGUUCGAGUUCAGUUCUGCCCGUUUGAGAAGAACGUGGAGUCAACGAGGACCUUCCUCCAGGCGGUGAGCAGCGAGAAAGUCCGCGCCACCAACCUCAACUGCUCGGUGAUCGCCGACGUGAGGCACGAUGGCUCUGAACCCUGCGUGGACGUGUUGUUCGGAGAUGGGUAUCGGCUGAUUAUGCGCGGUGCCCACCUCACCACUCAGGAAAUGUUAAGUGCCUUGGCCUCCCACAUCCGGGACAGGAACGCCGCGGCAGCAUCUGCACCCGGCGCAGACAAGGUCGCCCCGGGUACGGCUACCCGUCGCUGACAUGGCAGAAGAGUCCACCAACCAAAUGUUAGCUUGGAUCUAAAGACAGUGGUCUAAGAAGACCUGGGCUUUAGUCACUCAAAAUGCUGCAUGGAGCUCACGAUGCAGAGCAAGAACCCUAACAACAGUGCUUCUGGGUCAAGAUAUAAGUAAGUUUGGGUGGCGAAGGGUCGCGACAAAUUGGAAUUUUUCUUUCUCAGUGUUUAACCAUAUUUGGAUCUGUCAACCAAGUACAUUUUAAUUAAAUAUUUAUUGCCAGAUGAA